AUGAAUUCAUCCCCAACAAAACUUUCCUUAGAACAAUUAAAUAAUCAUUACAUUCUUUUCAGACAUGGACAAUCGAAAGCUAAUAGUGCUAAAAUAGUAGUAUCACAUCCGGAUAAUGGGAUACCAUCUUCGGGAGUAGGACCUCCGUCUCCCGCCUCCUUCUCGAGUGAAGGCAAUGGAUGGGGAUUAACGCAACUAGAUAUACAGAAUGGAAUUAUUAAUAAUGCCACAUUGUCAUCAUUACAGGCAUCACAAAAUAUGUUGAAUUAUCUUUACAACAAUUUCCCAUCAGAACAUCACCAAAAGAAAAGAGGAGAUGAUAGGAACAAUGAAGGGUUCAACAAUCCAUCACAAAAUCGGUUUUCUUUGUCUAAAAAAUUUCACAUUAAAAUCUAUUCUUCCCCAUUCCUUCGUACUGUUGAAACUGCGAAUAUUCUGCUCAAGGAAUUAUUGAAUAAUGGACCUAUUGUAGAUGUAAUGGUUCAUCCAGAGGUCAUUGUACAUGAUGAUUUAAGAGAACGAGAUUUUGGCAUAUUUGAAUUAAGAUCAGAUCAUGAGUCUUAUUCUAAAGUGUGGGCAAUCGAUGAAUCCAUCACCACGCCAUCAAACAAGAAUGAAUACAAAGAAAUUGGCGUUGAAUCUUGUGAGCAAGUCAGAUCACGUAUGUGCGAUGUGAUUCGCGAGAUUGAACAACAAUCCGAACUUUUAAAAGUGGUGGUGCUUGUUAGUCAUGGUGAUUCGUUGCAAAUUCUGCAAACUGCUUUUGAAAACGUUGAAGCCAAUCUACAUAGAUCGUUAAAUCACAUUGGUACCGCGGAAUGGAAAGUUUUCUGGUCAUAA